AUGUUGGUCAAUGUACGGCUCCAGCCUUACCGGCUUGUUGUGUUCCUGGGCGUCUUCAUCUUAGUUACAAUUGCUCUCUACGGUCUCUCAGGUCGCUCGUGGUUGAUCUCACCCGCCGGUGCUGAAUAUGACAGGACGGCUGGAUUAUCUGGAGCUGUGAGCCACGAUGGCUCGAACACAGAACUGCUCGAAGCUGACCAAUUUGCCUGGCCGUUCGAGUAUAGCACGGUAUCGAAUCAGUCAUUGUUCUGCGAGGAACGCUUUGGACUCGGCUAUCUCGACAACUUCAGCCAACGGUCUGCUGAAUACUGUACCGCUGAAUCGGCCUCGCGCAUGACUUGUUUCAGUAGCAUCACCGAGACCAAGACCCGACGCAAAGAUGCCUUCUGCAUCGCCGGUCCCGCCACCUUCGACCUCGACCAACACAACGGCUUGCCGCGGUUCAUCAACCUCCCAGGUUACUGGUACUCCACGGGUCCAAAGUACAUUUUCAGCACCGCCGUGAGCUUUGCCACUAUGCAGGGCGCGACCCCUUCGAGUACCAUCCAGGCUUCUCCAGUGACCAUCGUCCUCAAGCGGGAAGACGAGUACAAAAACAUCUGGCACGCCCUGCUGGAGAUCUUCGCUACCUUCAUGACCUUGGACAUCCUCCGCAUGGCACACAAUCCAGCCACGAAGGCUCCCUUUAUUCAACCUUCCGACUUCUCUAACACCCAGGUGCUCCUUCUAGAUCAUCUCCCCGACGGCCCAUACUCUGAGCUAUGGCAUCUCUUUGCCCAGAAGCCGAUCCUCAGGCUGAGCGACAUCACAAGCUCUUUCCCACUUGAGCCAGGAAACAUUAUGGUGCCUUUGGCGGGUGGAGGAAACCCCUUUUGGCAGGGGGACUGGAACCUGCUCGACUGUACCGACUCCCCUCUGCUGCGCGCAUUCUCGCGGCGGGUGUUGAGUUAUUACCAAAUCCAUGACCCCCCCAAACAGCCUGACGACCCGCUUGUCAUCACCUACAUCGAUCGCACGACUAAACGGCGGCUGGUCGACCAAGCCCGCCUGCUCGAUGCCUUGCGUCUCCGCCACCCCACCAUUCAGCUCAACGUGGUGGACUUCGCGCAACUGCCCUUCGCCCAGCAGCUCGCCGUCGACCGGUCGACUGAUAUCCUUGUCGGCGUGCACGGCGCGGGGUUGACACAUGGCAUGUUCCUCCCGCGGGGCUCGGCCCUCGUCGAGAUCCUGCCCUUCGGGCUCAAGCAUAAAGGCUUCCUCAACAUGGCGGCCAUGCUGGGCCACGCACAUUUCAGCGCCGAAUCAGUCGAUGACCGUACCCAAACCAGCGCCCGCGGUGACUGGCAAGCUGACGACGUAUAUAUCCCACAGGGGGCAUUUCUGGAGCUGGUUGAGCAAGCCAUAAGGAAGAAGAUGGAGUCGUGA